CGAACGACGCGCGUGUUUAUUGUGAGCGUACCCUCAAAACUCGUAUUCCCAAACGUGUCCGUGCUAUGCUAAUCGUGUUAUUGUGUGCUUUAAAAUCGAACGUGGAUUUAUUUUAAAGGAAACACCGACGAAAAUGUGACUGCUGACAGUUAAAAUGGCCCCCGUUGACUCCAAAUAGUUUUGUAAUGUGCCCCAAAAUGUGGGAGUUUGUAAGGAUCACCUUGGUGUGUGUGUGUGCGUUGCUGCUGGUGCACCAUGGAUUUUGUGAUGAUGAGAGGUCCUCGGAGGUGCUGGACGACUCGAGGACGGAGGACCAGAGCGAGAAGACCUUCAGGGCUUCUAUACCAGGCAGCAGACGCACCACGACACAAAGCUCUAAUGCGACGCGCGACUCGCAGCUGUACUCGCUGCUAGCAGCGCGGCGACGGCAGCUGCUUACCGGCCGUCUGACCACGCACAUCAACACCAUCGCCACCCUAGCGCACAAGCCGUACAAGGGAAACACGACGUUUGCACAACUAGAGAUAAGAGAUGCAAACAGCAGUGUAGUGAAGAGGAUCACCUUUGAAAAUUCAAGCAAUGAAGCGAUAGCACCAACACUAAAACUCAUCACGCGUGAGGGAAACAAAGAAACACGACGAGACUUAAAACCCCAUGAAAUAAGACAGUUUAUACCUAGACCGUACCAAGAUAUUAAAAGCAGAGCGGGGUUUUUGAACAAUAGGAAAAGAGACUUCAGUAACAGAAGCUUAUUUCCUGAAACUACCACUGAGAGUGUGGUUAUUUAUGUUCCACCUGAAAAACUUGAAGGCCUUGACAAGGAAGUGGAAAUAGACCCUGAAGAGGAGUUUCAAGUAGACGAAUCAAAUCAUGGACUGUAUUUACUUAAUUACUCCGAUACUGAUAAUGUUACGCGCAGUCCAGUAGAAUCCAACAAAACAACAUCAAACAAUGAAAUAAAAGAUAAUGUCUUCGUUGAAAGCACUACAAUGACAAGUACUGAAGACACAACCCAAAUAACAACUCAGGCCAGUGAUACGGAAAAAGAAGAUAGAGUUGACGCCAACACCAUAGCUAACAGCACCUCUAUAAAUAAUACAAAAUUAAUUAAAAUAGAAGAUAAAGAAAAUGCUAACCAAACGUUAUUUAUGUCAGAAGAAAUAUACAACCAUUUCAGGCCCCUCGAAACAGAAUUACCCGAUGAAGAAAUGGCACCGUUUAUUUAUUUUGGCCAGAAACUAGGCGGCUCUAUUAUUAGUGACAGUUUAACAAACUCUCCCUCUAUCUCAGCAUCUACAAAAUCAGUGAAUUUUAUUGCUCCGCCAAUAGAAAAACGUAAAUUCAACUCUAGAUAUUCUGCAACUGAAAAAUAUAAAAAUAAUAGUGCGGGAGAAGAAGAAAUCAAUGAAGAUAUGGACAUUUCAGUGAUAAAAAAUGUCAUAGAAAAAAAUAAAAUUCGCAAUACAGUGAAAGGACCAGCGCCAGCUCGCCAUGUUGGAUUAGUAAACGCUUAUAGAAAAUUUUCAAGUACUACCCAAUCGACUGCAAAACCAACCACACCAGAGCUGAAUGUGACAGAAGGUGUUACACAUAACGAAACAUCAUCAACUGAAAAAAGUAUAUCUGAUCAUAAUCUGACUGAGAUACAUUCUGAAGCACUGGUAAAUAAAUUAAAUAUUACAUCUAAUUCACCUGACACAAAUGUAACAGAAAGUGUAACUGUAGCUCCAAAAAACUUUACUCGCACCUACACUAGUUUACGUCGUCGCCCUUCGAAAUUAACGACAUUAGUAAGCACUGAAAAUACUAAUGUGGAAAAUAACAAUUCCACUACAGAGAAGGCAGCUACGUCAGUUUACACAGCAGUAGUUACUUCAGUUUCUAUAACUUCCUCUGUCAAAGGUCAAAACAAGACGGAUAACGUUGCAGGAGACAAUAGUACAAAUGUUCAAAUUCUUGGUGACUUGAAAAAUAUUACCGAACAGAAGUUAAUUGUUAGUGAUAAUGAAACAAUUACUUCAACAACUUCAACGACAACAUACAGGCCCUACAGACACAGAUUUAGAAUUAAAACUUCAACAACAGAAAAUUCAAUAAGUUUUAGUCCAAAUCCUACAAUAAUUGCGAAUUUAGCACCAGACGCAUCGUCUGUUGGAGAUAAAAGUAAUAACGAAUAUAAGCAUGAAACUACGACUUUUAAAAUAUCUGAACGAAUUGCGACAACAUUUAAAAGCGAAAUCGAAAAUACGCCUACGGGAUUUACUCUACGACCAAAGAGAAGAAGACGUCCAACUACAACAACUACUACUACUUCUACCAGCACCUUCUUACCAUUUUACUUAUCAUCGGAGCUCACUACUCCAAUAGUCUUCCCAACAACAGAGGCUAGUGAAAUCGCUCUUACGACUGUAGUCAUAACCUCGCGUUCUGCAUCUGAAUCUAAAUCCAAAUCUCAUACACUUACUAAGACUGGAAAUGAAACAGAUCAGAACGAUACAAAUACAACUCACGUCAUCAAUAUCAAUGAAGAAUCUCAAAAUGAAGAAGUUUUGAUCGAAGCCGAAAAAACGUAUACCGCUUCGUAUGUUCUGGCAGGUCUAGGUUUCUUACCUGUUAUAGCCGUAGUAGCAUUCGUGUUCCGAAAUCUCCUUAAAAAGAAAACUAAGGAGAUCGAUGCAGAAUACGAAGGCUAUUUCGACGACGGUGGUGAUAUCAAGAAGGAAUCACCGAUAACGCCGGUAGCUCGUCCUCCUUUGCCAACACCCUCCAAGCCUGAUCAGAAAUGGGAGUUUCCAAGGAACAAACUAAGACUGCAGACUUUAUUGGGUCAAGGCAACUUUGGUCAGGUGUGGAAAGCGGAAGCCGAUGAUCUGACUGGCCAUGAUGGUCUAACGAGGCUAGUAGCAGUUAAGACAAUCAAGGAAUCCGCCUCACAAAAGGAGAAACAGGAACUUCUGCAUGAGAUCUACAUCAUGCAGAAGAUCGGCACGCACCCCAACGUAGUUACCCUUUUAGGAUGCUGCACUGAACAAGAGCCGUACCUACUCAUAAUGGAGUACGUGAUGUGCGGCAAGCUGCUGACGUACCUGCGCGAGCGGCGCUCCCGCCCCGACCGGUUCAGCGGCAGCGGCGCCCUCACGUCACGUGACCUGACCGUCUUCGCGUACUGCGUGGCACGGGGCAUGGACUAUAUCGCGUCUAAAGGGAUCGUUCACCGCGACCUGGCCGCUCGAAACGUACUCGUCGACCACAACAAGCUCUGCAAGAUCGCGGACUUCGGCAUGUCGCGGAUGAGCGGCGCGGGAGGGCGCGCGCGGGGGGCGCUGCCCGUCCGCUGGAUGGCCCCCGAGGCCCUCCUGUACGGGUCCCACAGCACGCAUACUGAUGUGUGGGCAUUUGGGAUACUGCUGUGGGAGAUCGUCACGCUCGGGUCCACGCCCUACGCAGCGAUGUCGGGUCGGGAGGUGCUCACAGCAGUCACUGAAGGCUACCGGUUGGAGCGUCCAACGCAUUGCGCGCCAGCGCUGUACCGCGCGAUGUCAAGCUGCUGGCACGCCGACCCCAGCCAACGCCCCACCUUCACAUCCCUCAAGGCUCAACUGGCAGAGCUACUGGAUAACGAGCCAGCUGAAGGGAACUACGUCGAUCUCGAGUCGUUUUACCAGGAGUCGUCUGUGUAUAGCGACCCGUCCGCCAUCAUACACGACGAUGAUGGCUUGUCAGCGGAGUAUGAUCGCGAGAGACGCUGCUUUAGAGAACUACGUGCAGGACCUGCCAAAUUCGACAACAGAGCGUUCAACCUACGAGACGAAGAGCUGAGGAGCAAAUUCGGCGUCGGUACGCAGCGGAUGGGCGGCUUCGGCAUACGGGACGGACCCUUCAAUGACAGAAGCUUCGGCGACGGCGAGUUCAAUGACCGAAAUUUCACCGACAAGAACUUCGGUGAACGGAAUUUCGUCGACAAAAACUUCGGCGAGCGGAAUUUCGCCGACAAGAACUUCAAUGAUCCGAACUUCGUCGAACGAAAGGACGGUAAACUGUCAACUUCGAGCUUCCACAGGGAGAGAGAGAGGGAAAACCCUUUAGUUAGUAGAAACAGCUUUAACGGCUUCCCCCGGCUGGGCACGCGGGAAAACCACUUCCAAAUGUCACCCGACGGCCGGAACAAGAGAGUUUCGGAAUUCGAAUGUGACAUUUAGGUGACAUUCGAUACAGAUUAGUUUUAUCCAUGGGGUAAUUUCUUAAAUCGACAGUUCAGAAAUGGAUGUCGAGUUUGAAAAGUAUCCCAUGUAUAAACAAUCCUGUUUGCUUAGAUAUUUUUAUAACUCGAUAUCGAAGUUAGGAAACAAUAAAAUGUUUGACAUAUCACCAAAUUGAUCCCGAUUUUAUUUCUAAUUUCGUUAUCGUUUCUAGAAUUUCUAAGCCCCUUUCGGAAUAAGCUAAAGAGGUUCUUUUGUAAAGCAUGUACUGAUUUGGAAUUAGUUAAUUAUUUAAUUCGUUAUACAAUAUUAAAUUAGUAUCAAAACAUGCGAGGUAUUGACUGUUUAUUUGCACUAAUGACAAGUUAAGUGUCAAUUUUACUAACGCAUGUUUAUUGCUUAUCAAAUCAUUUCGUCUCUUUUUAUCUUCUUUUUAACGAAAGAGAAGGUAUGAUACUUGACAAUCGAGAUGUUUAAAACUAACAGGCGUUAGUAAAAUCGGUUCUAAGAAUCUCAAUUGCAAAGAUUGUAAAUAAUAAUUUAUAAUAUUCGUUUUAAGAUUAGCAUCCGCGUAUCGACAGAAUUAAAGUAUUAUAUUGUCUACUGUAAUCUAAAAUAUCUUGUACCUGAAAUGACGCGGUCUGUACUUAUGUAAAUAGGGUUGGGUGGAAUAUGAGCGCACGUUGUUUUGACUAUAUUUAUCGUUUUAUAAAGUCCGGGAGUGAAGCAGGGAGAAUUUCGUACUGUGCUACCUAUCUCUUUCUAUUGCUGUACGUAAACGUGAAAGAGAAAGAGAGAUAUGGGCUGUACGAAAUUCUGUAUGUUCCGCUCCGCACUUUAGUAUAUAAGAUUAUAUGCAAUGUUAACACAUUAUCACGUUUUCCGUAUUCUAUCAGUUUGUUAUUUGAAAGUUUCGUGGUGCUGACUACACUCUGUCUCCGAUUGAAAAUAACUUUCUAGUCUCAAAAUUUGUAUGAUAUGAUUGUAAGAUCUGAUUUAUUGAUAAGUUCUGAUGAGUAUUUUAGAUGAAUAAAAGAUGUAUGAAAUAU